AUGGCCGCCAAGUACCCCGAGUUUGAGCCAUUGGGCGAUACCUUUCGACGAUGGAUGGAGCGUGCCGAUGAGCCCGGGUGUUAUAUUCCCAGAACCACACUUACUGUGGCAGGCCUCGAUCCUACGCUCUGGCAUGUCGCUUCCAGCCCGAAGCCCCUUACGCUGGAAUGGGAGGCCUGGGCCGAUACUUUUGGCCUAACACUUGACGACCCAGCGAGCAAACAAACUAUGUAUCUGGGCCAAUCAGUUCUUAAAAUCAAAGGCGAGCAUACAUACUGGAUGGGGCGAAUCGGACCAGGCGUUAUAUUCAUAGACAACAUAAAGAGAGCACAGGAUCCCAGGAACUUUUACAUGUCCGAAUUUACCAAGGCUCUCUAUGAGUUGCAUUAUCCCUUGGAAAGCCUAAAGUGUGUUAUCGUUACUACGGUCGUUCAAGAGGAAACCAGGCCCUUUAUUCGAGAGGAUAUUUAUGAGUCCCAGGGGCUUGGGUUUCCAUCUAAGGAGCCGCGAACUUGGGAGUCUCCUUCGCCGGAGUUUUGCGGUAUUCUUGGUACUCCAAUUGGUAAAGUUGUCGCGGCCUUUGUCUUGUGUGCAUAUGGUCAGGGGGUCAAACGGAUUCCGCGGAUCAUGACAUUCCAUACUGGCAUGGUUGAACUCAACAUUCGGUUUGAUAUUGAGGAUGUCUGA